CCUUUCCGUUUCGUUUCUUAUCUUAGAAAUCUUCAUCAAUAUCCGGUACUUUUUCACGUGUUGAAAGUUUGUUUACUUGUUUCGAAAAUACUGUGUCGUCAAAGAAUGGAAAAAGACAGAAAGAAGAAAAAAAGUAGAAAAAUACCAAGUGAAAGUGAAAAUUAUGAAAAAAAUAAUGAUGUAGAUGAAACAGUCAGGAAUAGAGAAAAAAAGUUAAAGAAAAAACAUAAGAUUAAAGAACAAGGAGAUGAUGUUCAUAUAAGUCAUGAAAAUGAAAACGGUUCAUCUAAAAAGUCCAAAAAGAAAAAGAAAAGAAAACAUUUUGAUUUAGAAAAUACUGAGAGCAGUGAUGAACCAAAACACAAAAAGGCCAAGGAAAAUACAAGUGAUGAUGGAAAGAGGACAAAGAAAGAAAGAAAACUUGAGGUAGUACACAUAGAUGAUUCUGAUUCAACAAAUUGUAAAAAGCAUAAGAAAAAGAAACAUAAAGAACACUCAGAGGAAGACAAUCACUUGACUUCAGGAAACUCUGAUGAUGGAAAAGUUGCAAAAAAGAAGAAAAAGGACAAAAAGAAUAAAAAUAAAGAUAAAUCAUUUGGAUGUAAUCCUGAAGAGACAGAAAUUCCUGAUGACGUAUCAAAUGUUAAGAAAUCAAAGAAAAAAAAGAAAACAAAAAUUGAAAUUGAAGAAAACAAAAAUUACAAAAAAAUGGAAGAAGAAAGUAGUAAUUGUCAAGACAGUGACGAAGUCAUAAUGAAAUCUAAGAAAAAGAAGAAAAAGAAAAGAGAUAAUUCCAAUUCUGAUUCAGGCAGCAGCCAAACCAGUAUCAAAGCUGAUUUGAAUAAAAGAGCCGAGGAAAAAUUAAAUCAUAAAGACAAUGAACUAUCGGCUCAUGUUAGACAAAAGGAAGAAAACAGUAGAAAGAAUGAUACCAAAGUAGAGACACAUCAGACAGGAGUCACAGGACAGUGGGGAACUGCAUUCAAUGAAAACAAAGACAAACAAAGCAAAUUUCUGCGACUUUUAGGAGGUUUUAAAAAGAGUGGAGAUGAUCAGGAUGCAAAAACACAAAAAUUUACCUCAAAAUUUUCUAAUCAUGCCAUGGACAAAUCUAGUGAGGAAAAUUAUCAGAAAAAAUUAGAACAUCAGUAUGAAAAGGCUAUAACCUCAAACUUCCAAAGAGGUAUAGGACUGGGAUUCCAACCUCCUCCAGAGGCUGGUAAAAAGUUUUAUAUUGACAAAGGAAGCUCAAAAUCAAUAAAAUUUGAUAACUAAUAUACCAUAUAUCCGGCUUGAA